UAAUAAUUAUCUCCUUGAGGCAAUAAUAAAGCAAAAAAAUAAAAUAAACUAACAAUGAAAUAGUAUGAAUUCCAAUUAUUCCAUGGUGGUCACCAUAAUAUUAGUUUUGGGGGAGUUACCUACAAUGCCUAGUAGUUCCCAUCCCAGCAAUAACUGGAGACAACCCUACACCCAAGAGGCUAUCUCCUCAGAUCACAGGGAGCUAAGUGAUCCAAGUGAAAAUAAAAUUCACGUGAGCUUACCGUUGGCGUCAUGGCCAUGGCUGGAGCUGAUACAGCACUUAAACUGAGUGACGCAACUGAACCUGUCUCACGAUCACCUGAUAGUGAUGGGAAAGAUCUAGAUCCCAAGUCUGAUCCCACCCUCUCUGAACUAGUCAAGUCUUAUCCUUUUGCUUGGAGAGGUAACUUGGUCUUGGUCUUAAAGAAAACUGGUUUCCCAGCAAGACUCCAUCUUGUAGGUGGAGAAUCAUCUGUUGCUGAGUACUUGUUGAAAUCGAGAGGGAAGGACGAGGGGAAGGAUGAACCUUGUGUGUUGAAGAUCACUCAGCGACUGCAACUUGUGCCAUCAGGAUUUGAUGAAGUAAACGAGAGAUUAACCAAAGCUGGUUCUAAUGGUCACUGUAUUCUCUUAGCACUCCCUGGGCCCACUGAUGAAGGUGAUAAUAGCAUGCAAUUGAGGCCAUUGCGCAGUCUAGUCAGUUAUCUGAGCCAGAAACAAGCAGCUGGUAUUGUGACACUUAGCUCUUCUGACAUUGGAGAUGGAGGAAGUGAGAAUGGUGGAGGGGUCAACAAGGAGGAGGUCAUUGGUGUCUUACAUGCUUUCCCUCCUUGUGAGUUCUCUCAGGCUCGACUGAUGAAAGCUAUACCUAAUCUCUCACUGGAGCCAUCUAAAGAGGAUCAUAUUGUUAUACUCCUUGUUAAAGGGAAUGUCUGAAAGCUCUAUCCACUGGCACUGGAGUGUGUGUUUACAAGACUUAUUUAUACUCUAGUUAAUGAUAAAUUAAGGAUCCCGAUUUACCAUAAUUGUUGUGGUACAUUUAUAGAUCUAAACUAUUUGGUUUGUUUUAAACUAUUUUGAAAACUUUUUGCUACUGUAACUUUUAACAUUA